GGUCCACCAUGAGUCAGGUUCUGUUUCGGCAGCUGGUCCCGCUUCAGGUGAAGUGCAAGGACUGCGAGGAGAGAAGAGUAAAUGUUAGAGUGAGCAUUGAACUCCAAGCAGUUUCUAAUCCAGUUCAUCGAAAGGAUUUAGUCAUUCAGUUGACUGAUGAUGCUGAUCCAUUUUUUCUGUAUAACCUUGUUAUAUCUGAGGAAGAUUUUCAGAGUUUAAAACUGCAGCAAGGUCUUCUGGUAGACUUUUCAGCUUUUCCACAAAAAUUUAUAGAUCUACUACAGCAAUGUACACAGGAACAAGGCAAAGAAAUUCCACGGUUUUUGCUACAGUUAGUUUCUACAGCAACCAUAUUGGAUCACUCACCUGUAUUUUUAAAUGUGGUGGAGACAAAUCCCUUUAAGCAUCUUACACAUCUUUCUUUAAAACUUCUACCCGGAAAUGAUAUGGAAAUAAAGAAAUUUUUAGCGGGCUGUUUGAAAUGUAGCAAGGAAGAAAAAUUAUCAUUGGAGCAAACGCUGGAAGAUGUUACCAGGCAGUUAAACUUUACACAACAGACACUAUCAGAAAAGAUCCAGGAAUUAGAUAAGUUACGAAAUGAAUGGACAUCACACACAGCAGCACUGACAAACAAGCAUUCUCAAGAACUGACACAUGAGAAGGAAAAAGCCCUUCAGGCACAGGUUCAUUCUCAGCAACAACAUGAACAACAGAAAAAAGAACUAGAAAGCAUACAUCAAAGAAAUGUUCAUCAGCUUCAGAACAGAUUGUCAGAAUUGGAGGCGGCCAAUAAAGACCUAACAGAAAGGAAGUACAAAGGAGACUCCACCAUUAGAGAACUUAAAGCAAAACUCUCUGGUGCAGAAGAUGAGUGCCAGAGGGCUAAGCAAGAAGUCCUCUCUUUGAGAAGAGAGAAUUCUACUCUUGAUGCUGAAUGUCAUGAAAAAGAGAAGCAUAUUAAUCAGCUUCAAACUAAAGUAGCUGUUUUGGAACAGGAAAUCAAAGAUAAAGAUCAGCUUGUUAUAAGAACAAAAGAAGCAUUUGACACAAUUCAGGAGCAAAAGGUAGCCCUAGAAGAAAAUGGAGAGAAGAGUCAGGUACAGCUAGGAAAACUUGAAGCCACAAUAAAAUCAUUAUCAGCUGAACUUCUUAAGGCAAAUGAAAUUAUCAAGAAAUUACAAGGUGAUAUGAAAACUCUAAUGAGCAAAUUAAAACUGAAGAAUACAGUUACAAUUCAGCAAGAAAAACUACUGGCUGAAAAGGAAGAAAAGUUGAAAAAAGAACAGAAGGAGGUAGAAGAUAUUGGACAAGCUCUCCGAAAUAAAGAGCAAGAGAUAAGCAAAUUGCAAGAACAGUUAGAAGUUACAGUACAAAAACUUGAAGAGAGCAAACAGCUUCUGAAGAAUAAUGAGAAACUAAUCACAUGGCUAAAUAAAGAACUGAAUGAAAAUCAGCUAACAAGAAAGCAAGACCGAUUGGGACCCUCCACAACUCCACCUGGUCAGCCUAGCAACACCACUAUCAGAAGUGGAAUUUCUCCUAAUCAGAACAUGCUGGAUAACAGACUACCUCUUCCAAACUGUGGAAUUGGCUAUCCUGUUUCUUCCACAUUUACCUACCACAGUACCUUCCCUCAUCCUGUAGCUUCAAAAAGCACUGUUCAUCCAGUUUCUGGACCAAAGGUUCAGUUUAACUUGCAGUUUGCAAAAACAAAUACUUCAGGAGAUGUUCCUUCAGGAGGAUCUAUUAAUAUACCUCGCUCAACUAAUAAAGAAAAUGGUGAAAAUUUGGGCCUGGAAUCCAAAUAUUUGAAGAAAAGGGAAGAUAGCAUUCCAUUACGAGGGCUUAGUCAAAACCUCUUUAGUAAUCCAGUUAUAGAACAUCAGAAAGAUGGCUCUUUAACAACCCUACAAAAUUCAGCCAAACCUGCAGUGCUCCCUCCUUCUGUGGCUUCAGCAUAUUUUCCUGGACAGUGACCUACCCUGCAGUUUUGCUUUGUGAAGUAUUGAGAGAAUGGCAGUGGUUCUGGCUGAAGAUCAACUCUUAACAUAGCAACAUAAACACAACCACCAUGAAUAAGAUAACUUGGCCUUUGACUUAAGUGACUAUUGAUGUGUUUUAAUCCCACAAAGUCAUGUUACCUUGGCUAUAUGUGGAAAAUAUUAUGGAAGCAAGAACUAAAUUUGGGCUUUGACCUUGGUCCAUAUGUACCAGAUACUGGAAUAUUUAGUGCCUUUUCUUUUUAAGGAGUUUGCUACCAUUUUUGAGCGUAGUAGUUGUAUGUAUUUUAUUGAAAUAAACAUGGAAGGCCAUAAUCCUUUUAAGUGAGGUCGAUUUUAAUAUAAAACCAAAGAAUGGUGAUAACGUUUCCCCCAUGACUACUAGCAAUUGAAUGGGAAAAAUUGUUAAAAGUAUCCAUAGUCUACUGGUUUUCAAGUAGAAAAUUGAAAGAGCUUUAUAUAUGAUUUCAUAAAGUGUUUUAUUGGAAAAGAAAUCAAUGUAAUUCUUAUGGGUUUAGCCAGCUGUGCAAAAUAGUUCUUGUAGAUGAUUCAUUAACACAUGACUCCCUUGAAACCUAGCUAGAGAUGCAAGAUAUCUUUUUUUUAAACCUUCUACUCAGUGUUACAAAGCUAACAACUAGAUUAGGCUGAAAUGUCAUCUAACCUGAGUAACUCCUGUAUUCAUUAAGUUUUACAUUUUAUCAAGUGGCCCUUUGUCUAAAUUAAUAGCUAUGCAAAACUUAGAAGUCUCAUUAGAAAAUGAAUAUUUUCCCCAGUUUUUGAUAUAAAUGUUCAAUAUGCCAAGAAAAGAUA